ACAAUUUUUAUCCCUUGACAAGACGAUCUUGAAACCACAACAUCUGCUUGUGGUUUCAACAGGAAAAACAUAUCCCAGCGGCUUUUAUCGCCGCAUUCUCAAAUGACAGCAGCGGUUUUGAAUAUUGGCGGCUACCUUUUUGUCUUCUGCUUGUCGUUAUUAGCAACAUUGACUCCACACGUUGGAGCCAAUGUUGCUGUCUUCGACAAUUACUGGUUACAACGUCAAGGCGAUGCGUUGAAACAAACCAUUGCCUCUUUCGAUCCUAAUCCUCUUAACGUCACCGACCAUUUGAAUUACCAUGUCGCUUUAGCCGUGGACGCCACGGAAUCAACCAACAGCACAAGGAGAGAGCUCUCACAGGUGAGAAAUGGUCGGAAACUAAAGAGAAGCGGAAAAUGCGUAGCGUACAACCCUAUAGACAGAUGCUGGCGAUGCAACGGUGACUGGGAGAAGAACCGUAAGAAACUAGCGGAUUGUGUACUCGGGUUCGGCAGGAGAACCACCGGAGGCAAAGACGGACCUAUCUACGUCGUCAACGACGCCUCCGAUGACGAUCUUAUCAACCCUAAGCCAGGAACGUUAAGGCACGCGGUGACAAGAGACGGACCGCUUUGGAUCAUAUUCGGAAGCAGCAUGAUCAUAAACUUGCAACAAGAACUGAUCAUAACGAGCGAUAAAACAAUAGAUGGACGUGGAGCUAGGGUUUACAUCAUGGAAGGAGCUGGAUUAACGCUGCAGUUUGUGAACAAUGUGAUCAUACACAAUAUUUAUGUCAAGCACGUUGUUCCUAAGAGCGGUGGUUUGAUCAGAGACUCUGAGCAGCAUAUAGGGCUUAGGACGGUAAGCGAUGGUGAUGGAAUCAGUUUGUUUGGUGCAACGAAUGUUUGGAUCGAUCAUGUCUCGAUGACUAGAUGUUCAGAUGGUAUGAUUGAUGCGAUUCUUGGCUCCACUGCUAUAACUAUUUCCAACAGCCAUUUCACCGACCAUGAAGAGGUGAUGCUAUUUGGGGCCAAUGACAAGCACGUGAUCGACAAGAAAAUGCAGAUAACGGUUGCGUUCAACCACUUUGGUAAGAGACUGGAUCAAAGGAUGCCUCGUUGCAGAUUCGGAACGAUCCAUGUGGUGAACAAUGACUACACACAUUGGGAGAUGUACGCAAUUGGUGGAAACAUGAACCCUACAAUCAUUAGCCAAGGCAACCGUUUCAUUGCUCCUCCUAACGAACAAGCCAAACAGAUUACAAAGAGAGAGUACACACCUUACGUUAACUGGAAAAUGUGGAACUGGCAAUCAGAAGGAGAUUACUUCUUGAAUGGAGCUUACUUUGUGCAAUCCGGAAAACAAAAUGCAUGGAGCCCUAAACCGAUUAACCCUGUCCCGAAAAAGUUUGCCAUACGACCUCAACCGGGAACUAUGGUCCGUAAACUCACCAUGGACGCAGGAGCACUUGGCUGCAAGCCGGGUACACCCUGCUGAUUAAAACUACCAUUUUGUCCCCUUCCAGCCAAAAAAAAAGCUUAUGCUUUGUAGUUGCUUGUCGUCCAAGAAAAGAGAGAAAGUAAGCAGAAGGGAGUGUUUCCUAUGAGUGGGGUUAAUUAUUCUUUUUAGAAUUCAGGUUCAUUUUCAUGUGGAAAAAAAAGAAAAAAACCUUAGAUCUAAUAUAAAAUCUCCCUCUAUUUUUUUUAUUAAAUCUCUUUGUCUUGUCUCAUGUGUUGAUGCUUCCAAAAGGAGAUAAAAGUUUGGCAUUAA